AUGCAAUCACAUAACUUAUCACCACAAAAAUCAUCGCCAUCUUUAACUACCACAUCGUCCAAUUACCACCAACUGGAUCUAAGAAAAAGACAAUCAAAGAGAGAUGAGGCUAUAAGGAGGAGAAUCGAACACGACUUGAGCAAAAAAAAGAAAAACGGUAGUAGAAUAACCAGAUAUAAAAAGGCAAUCCCUGGUACUGUCUUGUCAUUAAAGCCAAGUGACCCCAUUAUUUGCAAAACCACUGCCACCGUGCAUGAAGUUUCACAAAUGAUGACAGCAACCCGUGAAAACUGUGUGUUGGUGGUCAAUGAUAUUGGCGAACUUUUGGGUAUUUUCACUGCCAAAGAUUUGGCAUUUCGUAUCGUUGGAUCAGGGUUAACAGCAAAUUCAGUCACUAUUGACCAAAUCAUGACUGCGGAUCCAAUCUGUGCCAAUGCAAAUAACCCAGCGUCUGAGGCAUUGAAUUUAAUGGUGGAAAGAGGGUUUAGACAUUUGCCAGUAUUGGACAAUGAUAACCAAAUUGUUGGUGUUUUGGAUAUAACCAAAUGUUAUGCACAACAAAUGGAAAAAUUGGAAAGAAUGCAUGCUCAGUCAAAAACAUUAUAUGAAGCAUGGACUUCCGUUCAUAAUGAGAUUGGAGUACAAGAUCAACCUCCACAUGUGUUUCAAUACUUUGAAACAUUGAAAAAUAAAAUGAAUGGCCCCACAUUGGAUAAUGUUCUUGAUGAAACCACUGAACCGAUAUAUGUUAGUGUUAAAACGUCAGUUUACGAAGCUACUGUUUUGAUGAAAGAGAACAAAACUACUGCAGUUUUGGUCAAAGAUACUAACCAGGAGGUCACAGGGAUAUUCACUUCAAAGGAUGUUGUUUUAAGAGUUAUUGCAGCUGGAUUGGAUCCCAAAAACUGUUCGGUAGUGAGGGUAAUGACAUCUCAUCCAGAUGUCGCGUAUGCCAAUUUACCGAUUCAAGAAGCGUUGAGGAAAAUGUUUGAUGGACAUUAUUUGAACUUGCCAGUUGUAAAUACUGAUGAAGAUAUCAUUGGUAUGGUGGAUGUUUUGAAAUUGACUUAUGCUACAUUGACCCAGAUUAAACAAUUGGAAGCUAAAGACUUGCCACUGUCUCUUGAUGCACCGGAACAAGGUAGCGAGGGCCCAGCUUGGAAUAAAUUCUGGACAUCUUUAGAUGACAAUGAAUCUGUGCAUUCAGAUUCCUUCAUGGAGGAAAGUGCAGCUGCGAAUGCACCAGAUGUUACUCCGUCAGAGUUUCAAUCAUUCAAUGUCGACAUCAAACCAUCUGAUUCCAUAUCAUAUGUUGAUGAGUCGCCAAUGAAAGGCUCCACUGCUGCAGCAAGCUUGUCCAACAGUGUUCAGCAGGAUGAUUCACCGUAUAUUUUCAAAUUUAAAUCACCAGCAAUAGAAGGUAGAGUUCAUCGUAUCACUUUGAAACCAAACGAUGGGGUACUUGCGUUGAGGAAAUCGAUUCAUUCAAAGUUAAAUGAGAAGGAUUUUAUAAAGUUGAACGUUAUUAAGCCCAGUGAAGAUAACGAAGAUGGGUCUGCAUCUACCAACAACGAGGUUGCAAUAAGCUAUAUCGAUGAUGAAGGGGAUGUCGUGUCAAUCACCACUGAUAGCGACUUGGUUGAGUGUGUUCGCAUAAAUCGAAGAUUAGGCAACGAAAAGGCUGAUUUGUAUUUACACAAUCCUCACCAACAUCCAUCGGUUGAUGAACUCAAACCCAUUAAAAAGGUAACCAAAUCAGACUCAUUAGUACCUGGAAUUGCCAAUGAAGUGUUGGUCCCUGGUGUAUUGGCCGUGCUUGCAUCUUCCAUCAUCCUUGGUAUCACUUUGAGUAGGAAAUAG